AUAGGGGAAAGCAGCAGUUUCUCCACCAUGGAAACAUCUAUAGAGCGAUCGCUGGCUUAAAAAGAAGGAAGACUUUCCCAGCACAUCUGUCUAAUCUGUCCAGCAAUUUAACCAGCCAAUCAAGAGCUACUUAGGUUUUUCACGCAUAAUCAUGGCAAAACCGUAUGAAUUUAACUGGCAGAAGUCAGUCCCUGCCUUUAUGCAAGAUGGAGCUGUGUUUGACAGAUAUGAAGAGGAGUCCUUUGUCUUUGAACCAAACUGUCUCUUUCAAGUGGAUGAAUUUGGUUUCUUCCUGAGGUGGAAAAGUGAAGGAAAGGAAGGGCAGGUAUUAGAAUGCUCCCUGAUCAACAGUAUUCGUCUUGGAGCUGUACCAAAGGAUCCCAAAAUACUAGCUGCUCUUGAGACUGGGGGAAAUUCAGAAAAUGAGCUGGAAGGACGGAUAGUGUGUGUCUGCAGUGGCACGGAUCUGGUGAACAUCAGCUUCACGUACAUGGUAGCAGAAAAUGCAGACCUAGCUAAGCAAUGGGGAGAAGGACUUGGAUCCAUCAUACAUAACUUUAGAGCUAACAACGUCAGUCCAAUGACAUGCCUUAAGAAACACUGGAUGAAGCUGGCAUUUCUGACAAACACAAAUGGCAAAAUUCCAGUUAGAAGUAUUACCAGAACCUUUGCAUCAGGUAAAACAGAAAAGGUGAUUUUUCAGGCCCUUAAGGAGCUAGGCCUUCCCAGUGGAAAGAAUGAUGAAAUUGAACCUUUAGCUUUUACUUAUGAGAAAUUUUAUGAACUAACACAAAAGAUAUGUCCUCGUACGGACAUAGAGGAACUCUUUAGAAAGAUCAAUGGAGACAAAACUGAUUAUUUAACGGUAGACCAAUUAGUGAGCUUUCUAAAUGAACAUCAACGAGAUCCUCGUCUGAAUGAAAUUUUAUUCCCAUUCUAUGAUUCAAAAAGAGCAAUGCAGAUAAUUGAGACAUAUGAGCCAGAUGAAGAUUUGAAGAACAAAGGUCUCAUCUCAAGUGAUGGCUUCUGCAGAUAUUUGAUGUCAGAUGAAAAUGCCCCAGUCUUCCUAGACCGUUUGGAAUUAUAUCAGGAAAUGGACCAUUCUUUGGCUCACUACUUCAUCAGUUCCUCCCACAAUACCUAUCUAACAGGCAGGCAGUUUGGCGGGAAGUCUUCUGUAGAGAUGUACAGACAAGUGCUUUUGGCUGGUUGCAGAUGUGUUGAACUGGAUUGUUGGGAUGGAAAAGGUGAAGACCAAGAGCCAAUAAUAACGCAUGGGAAAGCAAUGUGUACAGAUAUUCUGUUCAAGGAUGUCAUUCAAGCCAUUAAGGAAACUGCUUUUGUUACAUCUGAGUAUCCUGUGAUCCUCUCAUUUGAAAAUCACUGCAGCAAAUACCAACAGUACAAGAUGUCAAAAUACUGCGAAGAUUAUUUUGGAGAUCUCCUUUUGAAGCAACCUCUAGAAACACAUCCACUUGAACCAGGUAGACCCUUACCAUCCCCUAAUGACCUCAAAAGAAAGAUACUCAUAAAGAACAAAAGGCUGAAACCUGAAGUAGAAAAAAAACAGCUUGAGGCUCUGAAAAGUAUGAUGGAGGCUGGGGAAACAGCUCCCCCUGUAAAUAUCCUAGAAGAUGACAAUGAGGAAGAAAUAGAAAGCGCUGACCAAGAAGAAGAAGCCCAUCCAGAAUUCAAAUUUGGAACUGAGCUUUCUGCAGAUGAAUUGAGUCAAAAAGAAGCUAUUGCCAAUAGUGUCAAAAAGGCUCUGGAAGAUUCUGAACAGGAAAACAGUAAAAAGGGUAUAGUAACUGUUGAAGAUGAACAAGCAUGGAUGGCAUCUUACAAAUAUGUUGGUGCUACAACCAAUAUACAUCCAUAUUUAUCAACUAUGAUCAACUAUGCUCAGCCUGUAAAGUUUCAAGGUUUCCAUGUAGCAGAAGAACGCAAUAUUCAUUACAAUAUGUCCUCUUUCAAUGAAUCAGUUGGACUAGGGUAUUUGAAGACACAUGCAAUUGAAUUUGUGAAUUAUAAUAAACGACAAAUGAGUCGGAUAUACCCCAAGGGAGGCAGAGUUGAUUCCAGUAAUUACAUGCCUCAAAUUUUCUGGAACGCUGGCUGCCAGAUGGUCUCACUGAACUUUCAGACCCCAGAUUUAGCAAUGCAGUUGAAUCAGGGAAAAUUUGAAUAUAAUGGAUCAUGCGGGUAUCUCCUUAAACCAGAUUUCAUGCGACGACCAGAUCGAACGUUUGACCCAUUCUCUGAAACGCCAGUAGAUGGUGUUAUUGCAGCAACUUGUUCAGUACAGGUGAUAUCUGGUCAGUUCUUAUCAGAUAAAAAAAUUGGUACGUAUGUAGAAGUGGAUAUGUAUGGGUUACCUACGGACACGAUACGUAAAGAAUUUCGAACCCGCAUGGUGAUGAACAAUGGUCUGAACCCUGUUUACAAUGAAGAAUCAUUUGUAUUUCGAAAGGUUAUUCUACCUGAUCUCGCUGUCCUGAGAAUAGCAGUUUAUGAUGACAACAACAGACUGAUUGGCCAGAGGAUCCUGCCUCUUGAUGGCCUUCAGGCAGGCUACAGACACAUUUCCCUUCGAAAUGAAGGCAACAAACCACUGUCUCUGCCUACAGUUUUCUGCAACAUUGUCCUCAAAACAUACGUUCCUGAUGGGUUUGGAGAUAUUGUGGAUGCUUUGUCAGAUCCAAAGAAAUUUUUAUCUGUCAUGGAAAAAAGAGCAGACCAGAUGAGAGCUAUGGGUAUUGAAACUAGUGAUAUAGCUGAUGUACCAAAUGACACCUCAAAGAAUGAUAAGAAAGGAAAAGCUAAUAAUGCAAAAGCAAGUGUGACUCCUCAGAGCAGCUCUGAACUUAGACCAUCUACCACUUCUGGCCUUGGACCUGGGAUGGAAACUAGGAAAGGUAUAGAACUUAUUCCUCAAGUGAAGAUAGAAGAUUUAAAACAAAUGAAGGCUUACAUAAAGUAUUUAAAGAAACAACAGAAAGAGCUGACUGCUUUAAAGAAGAAGCAUGCCAAGGAGCACAGUGCUAUGCAGAAGUUGCACUGCACACAAGUUGACAAAAUAGUGGCACAGUAUGAUAAAGAAAAGUUAUCUUAUGAGAAAAUGUUAGAGAAGGCGAUCAAGAAGAAGGGGGGAAGUAAUUGUCAUGAAAUGAAGAAAGAAACUGAUAUUAAAAUUCAGGCAUUAACAUCCGAUCACAAAUCUAAGGUAAAAGAAAUUGUCGCCCAGCAUACUAAAGAGUGGUCAGAGAUGAUCAACACCCACAGUGCCGAAGAGCAAGAAAUCCGUGAUUUGCAUCUCAGCCAGCAGUGUGAGCUACUGAAAAAACUGCUGAUUAAUGCUCAUGAGCAACAAACCCAACAGCUAAAGUUUUCUCAUGACAGGGAAAGCAAGGAAAUGCGUGCUAACCAGGCUAAAAUUUCUAUGGAAAACAGCAAAGCCAUAAGCCAGGAUAAAUCUAUUAAAAAUAAGGCUGAAAGGGAGAGGCGAGUAAGAGAACUAAACAGCAGCAACACUAAAAAAUUUCUGGAAGAGAGAAAAAGGCUGGCAAUGAAGCAGUCAAAGGAAAUGGAUCAGUUGAGAAAAGUUCAGCUUGAGCAUCUAGAAGUCUUGGAGAAACAGAAUGAGCAGAUGAGUGCCUAUCCAAAUGAUGGGCAUCUUUACAACUGAUCAGAAUACCCAAUUCACACAGUAAGACACAUCCAGCAACCACUCCUCCCUGUAUAGCAAAAGCAGAACAGACACUCCUACUGGGGAAGACAAAGUGUCCUCGCCUCCCUAUAUGCCAGUUAUAAGACAUCCUCUCUCCCCCGAAGACUGGCUGUAAAGAUAGACUGGACAUACAUUCAGGUGAUUUUGGAUCAAGAUGAUAAGGGAGUUCCUAAAUUGAAGGGCCCUCAUGGAAAAUGCACAGGAGUUAGUGCCUUUCCACACUCUUUGAAUUGAGUGGUUUCUAACCGAAGCAUUUCAGAACCCCGCUUUGCCAGUGCCACAUGGGGAGAGGGGGUAGUUUCUCAAGCAGUUUAGGACUGCCAAGGGUAUAUAUAUAAAAAACACCUUUAACCUUACCUACAGCCUAAGAGGCAGCCAACACAAAAUGUGCAUUGAAACAGAUUGCUUAACACAUAGGCUGCUACAGGCUGUGUGUCUAUGUGCCAGCAUCAGAUUCCAGGUGUAGCCCCUAUGUGGAGCACAAUGCAAUAGCCUACUCUUGAGGCAAUAAAAGCAGAGGCGCCACCAGCCAAAAUCAUUAAGCUAAGUGAAACCAUCAUGGCCACCUUAAGGAAAGUGUCAACAAUCUCUGUCCUCACUAAGUCCCAUAAUCCUUCACAUCAGUUACUGCCUUCCCCAGCAGGAAAUGGGUCCAGCUCACAGGUAGUAAGUAGAGCUUAAUUUCCCAAAUAACUCCAGAACCUCAGUAAGCAACACCAACCAGUCCAAACUCAGCCAGGGCUGGCACAGUGAGUAACUCCACAACACUUGUCCCAUCUCCACAGGCAGUUCAGUCAGAAACAACAUGACUUUCUCCACACACUGUGAAGCUUUGAGAUGUGUUUUAUCAAGUGUUUCUUUGAAAAGUGACCCAUAAAUCCUAAGAUAAGAUCAGAAGUGAUUGCUAGCGUAAUGUAACUGAGAAGCAAAAGCAGAAAAAUCACACUGCCGUUUGAAAAUACGCAGAUAUUUUUCUGAAGGGGAAAAAUUAUCAUGUUUCUCCAGUGUUUGUUACAUAUAAUCCACGCAGAUACUAUUGUGCUGAAAAUGGAUUUGAUUUUGAGCACAAGCUUUAGUAUGAUUCUUCAUGAGGAAAUGAUGCAAUUAUUUUGGGUUGCAGGCAAAGGAGAUGCAGCAGAUGGUGAAGCUGGAAGCAGAGAUGGAUCGCAGGCCAGCAACAGUGGUCUAAAGCUCCAGUAUGCAAACUGAAGCCAGGAAAUCCCGUAUCUGUAAAAUUCCAACCAUCCAUU